CCCACUUAUAUACACUGUAGUACUAUAUCAGACAACCACACCCACCCGCUUAUAUACACUGUAGUGCUAUUUUGUGUACCCAGAUACACCCACUGUAUCACUAUCACCAUGAGUACCAAAGAAUCAUCUCUUAGCACCAAAAUCCACCAAAUAUUCAGACGGUACAAAGUGGCCAUAUUGCAAAGCUGUUCCCCAAUUCCAGUGCUAAUGGUUGGACUUAUGCUGCUUUUUAACUUGUUUGUAAUCUCUAACAUAAGUCAUGAUUCUUGGAGUGCCCAAAGGAAGAGCCAUUUGCCAACCCACAAAACGGGAAUAUCACAGCACCAAACUUGGAAACCAAACAUGCAAGACGAUAAGGAUAUCAAGACAAAUGUAUUCAGCGCAGGAAGGGCCAACAAGGCUCCUAGUUUUUUCACAAAAAUUAACAAUCUGGUUCUUGUAGAAGGUUUAUCUGUUGAGAAUCAAGACAGACACAUAGAAAACAGGGUAAAUGCACAGUCAAUUGUAUAUAACAAUGGAAAGAUGGCACGCAAACAUAGAAUUAUUGGCCCAAACUAUUAUGAUUAUGAUGAUCCUGACUUAGAGCAAGGAGCCGGAAAUAGACAAGGUGAGAUUGAAAGUUCAAGUAAAGGCCAGGCAUGGCUGAAGUGUAAGGAGAAUCCGAACAUAUGUCCUCAAGAAUUCCAAAAAUGGUACAAAUCUAUGACGCCUCUAUGUGGAGUGAACUUCAUUGCCUUUGACAGAAACUUUGCCUUAUGUCAGAACAUCACUCUCAAUCGACAGAAAGCUAUUGGACAAAAAGGAGGAGAAAGUAUCACAGAAGUGUUAAAUCAGAAGGAGGCUGUAGAGUUUUACAAGUACAAGUUUGGAUUUUAUCAUGUCAGGAACUGCCAAAAAACACCCAAGUAUGUGUUUACUAAAUACCACGGAAAGGGUCACCUCAAGGAUUGGAUAGAAUCAGUGUCAAUCAAAAAAAAUCAUCCCAAUCCACAGCUGACAACAGUCAAUAAGAAUUUCACCAUAGCUGUGACGAGGUACGAAUAUGUUAACUGGUACCAUUCAAUGACAGACUUCUACAAUGCAUUCCUAAUGAUGAAAUUCUUUAGAAAACAACCUGAUGAGAUCAGUGUGUUACUAAUUGAUGCUCAUCCUCAAGGUAACCUGGAUGAGGUUUGGGUGACAUUGUUUGGUAAUUCUAAACGGCUGAGUGAGACGGACAGAUUGGUGACCUACAGAGAAAUGGUCUGGAAUCCUAUGGGUUAUAACAGCAUGAUGAAUCAACAUGUACGCAAAACAAUCCCACUUAUUGAUGAGUUCAGAGAGUUUUUUCUUCAGAGAUAUCACGUGUCUACAAGCAAAAAUCUCAACUGUGACAAACUUGACGUUCUGUUCAUAUGGCGUCAUGACUACGUAGCUCACCCACGCAACCCGUCAGGGUCCAUCCUGCGUAAAAUUUAUAAUGAAGAUGAGAUCAUUUCUGCAGUGAAGUCAGAGUUCCCAGCCUUCAAUGUCCAGGGAAUACAGAUGGACCAGUUAAAACUGAAAGACCAGCUUGAACUCGUAGCUAAGACAGACAUACUCGUAGGAAUGCACGGCGCAGGGUUAACCCACACGCUGUUCCUGCCAAAACAUGGAGGCCUCAUUGAAAUAUUUCCACAAUAUUCAAAUGUGAUGGGACAUUUUAGAUCUCUGAGUAAUUGGAGAGGCAUCCAUUAUGCAUUCUGGAAAAACAGUGAUGUAACUCUGGAACAUCGAAAUCAUUUCACAGAGAUACCAACUGCUGUGGUUAUUAAACAGAUUCAGGACAUGGCUAAAAGAAUAGCUACUAACAGCUGCUGACAUCUGUCAGUGAAGUGCUGAUGAUACUAACAGCUGCUGACAUCUAUCAGUGAAGUGCUGAUGAUACUAUUAAACUGGUUUCUUAUAUCUGCUAGAAACCUUAAGCUAAUUAUACUUUUGUGGUGAAAAAUUUGAGGAUAAAUAUCAAUCAACAAUGCAACAUGAUUUUAUAUAUAUAUAUUUAUAUUUUUUUUGUUUGUUUGUUUGUUUUUCUUUGCAGUUCUGCUUUAAAUGUAUCAUUUUAUGUUGAUAAAAACAUUAUUUCAUUAUUUUUAUUAUAAAAAUGGGUAAACAAACCAAUUAGGGUGCUGCUUAUUUGCAAACUUCUUUGAAAAUUAUCAAAAUAUACAACAAUUUUUUUUUUAGUCUUUAUAAAUUAUCCAUUCUGAUAUUCUUAUUCAUGCACUGCAAGAAUUUUUUUAAACAUAAUUUCACUCAUUUUGAUCUGGACCAAUUUCAGAACAUAUUUGAUUUAAUUCACACACAUUCCAGCACUUGGUUAGACAAAACAUGGUGAGAAGUAAAAGGGGAAUUGUACAGCUGUUUAGAAGUAGUCCUAGUGACUAAAUGACAAGGCAUCAGUGCAAUAAAUGAUACUAAGUUCUUUCUCUUGUUUUUAUAAUUUAAUAGAUAGACAAUAUUGAUAUGAAUUUCUCUACACUUUGUCAAAAAAGUGUUUUGCAGCUUUGUUAAAUGUCAAGUUAUAGUUAUCUUUAAGCCACUUUUUUUCAGCGGAAGUUCAAAUUCACAGUGCCACUGCAAAGUA